UUUUCGGUGAAAAUUAAUUUCUGGCAUCCGCGAAUGAAUGGUCCUCUGUUAUUAUGUUGUGGUGCGCGACCCAAAGCGUAAGAGAAGGGGGUCGCUUGGGUCGACGGGCACCGCAGAGAUCAUUAUGUGGCUGGAGACCAUGCCGCCCAGUUUGGCACUGCUGCUUACUUUCGUCUUCGUUACUGCUCCAGCCAGGGCACUGGAAUGGCCGGAUCGUCCUCGUGUCGAUUUGCCUUCCCAGCCAACGGCUUCCACGCAAAAAAACCAUCACGUCACUCAAAUUCAUUCAUUGAGUGAUUUUAAAUACAAAAUUACGGCCUACCGCGAUGCAAAGGAGAAGACAUGCUACCUGCAAAGUAUAGCCUCGAGUAACAACAAGCAUUACUUGGAGCUUUACAAGAAUGUACUUUACGAAAAGAGAGAAACAAGAAAAAUCCCUAAAACAUUUUACACUGUUCCUGGGUCUUUAAGCAAAUCGCAGGUUCUACAUUUGGCAGGCGCACGGGUGGCGAGUUAUUGUAGAGGAUUCACAACAAUGAUUUUACUUCCCGGCCCACCUCAGUCUAUGACAAACGAUUUUCCUGACUCUGCAGAGAGCCCCCCUCCUGAACCAAGUUUACCACGAUAUUUAAAAGAACAAAUGCAGAAAAGACGUCAAAAAAGAAACGCCAAAGGCAAAAGACGAUAUCAAGGACAAACUCAAGUACAAACAAUAGCAUUAGGAGGUGACCAAUUAAAUACUGCAGAGAGUCUGGCACAGAAAAACACUUCCCAAAUUAAAUUAUCAACCACUAGAGGAAUGAGCCAAGCUCAAAGUCAAAGUAUUUACGAAGAAGAUUGUGAUGGUUGUGGAGACAGGCAAUCAAAUCGCAAUGGAUAUUCUUGGGGACAAAUUUACGACCAAUCUGGACAAGACGCUGGGGUUGGAUUUCGACCCAAUGAAAUGCACACUCCUGGUAGAGGAAUACCUAACAGAAGACCUUCAGGUCAAGGUUAUGAUCACGACAAACCAUCAGGGACUGGAUUAAAACCAGGUGAACUAUACAGACCUGAUGGUCAAAAAUUUGGAUCUGAUGGAAGACCUGCUCAACCAUGGGACAUGAGCCGACCUAUUGAUGGUGGAAUAAGACCAGGAUUAAUACACGGACCAGACGGCCAAAACUAUGGAACUGACGGAAGACCUGUCAUUCAGCAGACACCAAUAGGAGGUGGAGUGAGACCAGCAAUCGGAUCCAACAACAGACAGGUUGGCCAGGCGGGAGUGACACAACAAAAUCAUGAAAGUGGACUGAGAACAGGAGGUAACAAUGAACCAGGUAGACAAAUCUAUGGACCCGGAGGAAGACAUUUUGGUCAAGGAGAAACAACUGGACCCACUGAUGAUAGUAAAUUUAGACCAGGAGAAUCUUAUGGACAAGGAAGUUAUGGCACUGAUGGAAUACCUGUAAGCCCUACAAUACAAGAACCAUUUGGACCAGGUGGAUUAUAUAGACCUGGCCAAAUUGACGUGUCUGACAGAAGACCUAAUGGUCAGCGAGGGGAAGCUACAGAUAAUCUUGGAAGUGGACUUAAACCAGGAGAUAUAAACGGUCAAGGUGGACAAAUUUACGGGACAGGAGGCAAAACAUAUCAACCAGAUAGAGGACCUAUCGGUCAGGGAAGCGGGACAUAUAGUCCUGGAUUAUCAUCAGGACCAGGUGGCCAAAUCCAUGGAACUGACGGGAGGCCUUCUAGUCCAGACAUUAAGCAGGGACAACCUCAAAUUACUGAUGUGGGAGAAAUAAGACCUGGAGAAACAUAUCGGCCCGGUGGAAAUCUAGUUGGGCUAGGAGAGCAGAGAGAACCUACAGGAACGGAAUUAGGACCUUCAAGACCAUAUGAUCAACAUAAACUAGAUUCGAAUUACAAACCAAUUUGCUAUUGGCAUUGCGCACCAGGAGCAACACCACCACCAAGUAAGCCAAUUUUUCCAGGUUCUACCAACAUUCAACCUGGUAGGCAGGUGUAUAUCCCUGCUGGCAGGCCUAUACAACCAGUAGUGAAUGGAGUAAGACCUGGAGAAACAUAUAGGCCUGGCGGACAUAUUUACGGCCCUGGUGGACAAAGUUACGGCCCUGAUGGCAGACCGAUUUCAACAGGUACUGGUGGACUGCAACCUGGCGGACAAAUUUUCGGCCCUGGUGGACAAAGUUACGGCCCUGGUGGACAAAAUUACGGCCCUGAUGGCAGACCGAUUUCAACAGGUACUGGAGGAUUACGACCUGGAGAAACAUUCGGCCCUGGCGGACAAAGUUAUGGCCCUGAUGGCAGACCGAUUUCAACAGGUACUGGUGGACUGCAACCUGGCGGACAAAGUUACGGCCAUGAUGGACAAAGUUACGGCCCUGAUGGCAGACCGAUUUCAACAGGAACUGGUGGACUGCAACCUGGUGGACAUAUUUACGGCCCUGGUGGACAAAGUUACGGCCCUGAUGGCAGACCGAUUUCAACAGGUACUGGAGGAUUACGACCUGGAGAAAAAUUCGGCCCUGGCGGACAAAGUUAUGGCCCUGAUAGAAGACCGACUUCAACAGGAACUGGUGGACUGCAACCUGGCGGACAAAUUUACAGCUAUGAUGGACAAAGUUACGGCCCUGAUGGCAGACCGAUUUCAACAGGAACUGGUGGACUGCAACCUGGCGGACAUAUUUACGGCCCUGGUGGACAAAGUUACGGCCCUGAUGGCAGACCGAUUUCAACAGGAACUGGUGGACUGCAACCUGGUGGACAUAUUUACGGCCCUGGUGGACAAAGUUACGGCCCUAAUGGCAGACCGAUUUCAACAGGUACUGGAGGAUUACGACCUGGAGAAAAAUUCGGCCCUGGCGGACAAAGUUAUGGCCCUGAUGGAAGACCGACUUCAACAGGAACUGGUGGACUACUGCAACCUGGCGGACAAAUUUACAGCCCUGGUGGACAAAGUUACGGCCAUGAUGGUAGACCAAUUCCAACGGUACUGCGACCUGGAGAAACAUAUGGGCCUGGCGGACAAAUUUACGGCCCUGGUGGACAAAGUUACGGCCCUGAUGGUAGACCUAUUAAAACAGGACUGCGACCUGGAGAAACAUAUGGGCCUGGUGGACAAAAUUACGGCCCUGAUGGCAGACCAAUUACAACAGGAACUGGAGGAUUGCGAACUGGAGAAACACACAGCCCUGGUGGACAAAGUUACGGUCCUGAUGGUAGACCAAUUACAACAGGACUGCGACCUGGAGAAACAUAUGGGCCUGGCGGACAAAUAUAUGGUCCUGAUGGCAGACCAAUAUCAUCGGGAAUCGGAGGAUUGCGACCUGGAGAAACAUACGGCACUGGUGGACAAAGUUACGGGCCUGAUGGUAGACUUAUUCAAACAGGACUGCGACCUGGAGAAACAUAUGGGCCUGGUGGACAAAUUUACGGCCCUGGUGGCAGACCAAUUACAACAGGAACUGGAGGAUUGCGACCUGGAGAAACACACAGCCCUGGUGGACAAAGUUACGGUCCUGAUGGUAGACCAAUUACAACAGGACUGCGACCUGGAGAAACAUAUGGGCCUAGCGGACAAAUAUAUGGUCCUGAUGGCAGACCAAUAUCAUCGGGAACCGGAGGAUUGCGACCUGGAGAAACACACGGCCCUGGUGGACAAAGUUACGGUCCUGAUGGUAGACCAACUCCAACAGAACCUGGAGGAUUGCAACCUGGAGGAACAUACAGCCCUGGUGGACAAAGUUAUGGUCCUGAUGGUAGACCUAUUCCAACAGGACUGCGACCUGGAGAAACAUAUGGGCCUGGUGGACAAAGUUACAGGCCUGAUGGUAGACCUAUUCAAACAGGAUUGCGACCUGGAGAAACACACGGCCCUGGUGGACCAAGUUACGGCCCUGGUGGCAGACCAACUCCAACAGGAACUGGAGGAUUGCAACCUGGAGGAACAUACAGCCCUGGUGGACAAAGUUAUGGUCCUGAUGGUAGACCUAUUCCGACAGGACUGCGACCUGGAGAAACAUAUGGGCCUGGUGGACAAAUAUAUGGUCCUGAUGGCAGACCAAUACCAUCGGAAACCGGAGGAUUGCGACCUGGAGAAACAUACGGCCCUGGUGGACAAAGUUACGGGCCUGAUGGUAGACCUAUUCAAACAGGAUUGCGACCUGGAGAAACACACGGCCCUGGUGGAAAAAGUUACGGCCCUGAUGGCAGACCAACUUCAAUAGGUAUUGGAGGAUUGCAACCUGGAGGAACAUACAGCCCUGGUGGACAAAGUUACGGCCCUGAUGGCAGACCAAUUACAACAGGUACAGGAGGACUGAGGCCUGGAGAAACAUAUGGACCUGGUGGACAAUUGUACGGACCUGAUGGCAGACCAGUUUCUUCACUAGUUGGCGGACAAAUCUCUAGUCUGAGCACGCAUGGUUUCGGAGUCGGUGGUAAGCCAAUUUAUGGCCCUGAUGGUAGGCCGAUUACGCCAGGUUCAGGAGGAACGUUUGGACCGGGUGGUCAAUCGUAUGGGCCAGUUUCAUUUACAUCUAAUAAUGGAAAUGGGGCUCAGCAAUAUUCACCUGAGGAUCUUGGAGAAAAUGAUGGGCAUUCCCAAGUUAAGACAAGUAUUUCGCAGCAGAAUAACGAAACUAUUGCUUCGUCAUCUUCACAAGGCAGUUAUGGUGGAGGGAAAACACAAACCAGCGUAUCUGGAAGCUACAAAGGAAGUGGAUCUUUUUCUGCUCAAGCACAAACGAUAGACACCAAAAGAGGAGCUCAAAGUCAAGUUGUCGGUGGUGACGAUGGAGCUUCUAGUUCUGCUCAAGCAUUCGGUGGCAAAGGACAGUCGCAGUCUCAAGUAAGUCUUUCACCAGAGACAGGCCUUACAUCUGCAAACUCACAAACUACAGGCAGUGGCUACAGUACUCAAAGUGAAAUUCAUGCAAGUGAAACAGGGGGCAAUUCUGUUGCUCAGGCAACAGGUGUUGGAAAAACCUCAAGCCAAGCGCAAGUGAAAUUUAAGCCUUAUCAAAACGGACGUGAAAGCGAUAGCCAGCGAAUUCCAUUCCUAGGAAGCGGUUCAGCUUCAGCUCAGACAGGUCCUCGGACAGGAAUAUCUCAAAGUGAAAUAUUUGGGUCGUUCAAAUAUGGUAUCUCGUAUACUGGUGCGGCACAAGCUUCGUCAGGGUCAAAGAUUGAUCGUGAAAAAGAUGGCUUAGCUCCGUUUAAAGAGUUAGUCUUCAAUUCUACCGAUGUAAAAUCGAAUACAACAUACGUUGCCAAACCUGCAGAACAGUCUCCUGUACAAACUGAAGAAACGGUAUCCACAACUCAAAAAUAUGAUGAAGAUUACGGAUCUAGCGUUGAAGAUGACGACGACGAUGAAGAUAUUGCUUCUACAGGUGUACCCCAAACCGCCCAAACCCUUGAUAGAGGCGACCAGCCAUCAACACACUUAAAUACUAACGAGGACCUUGUCACAGCUCAGAGCCAACAUGGAAAUCCACAACUCUACCCAUAUGUCACUCAAGUGGAUUUGCCUCCAGAUGCACUUGAGUCUGGCUAUCUCCGACAACGACAAGAAGAUAAAAAUAGCCACAUAAGACCUCAAUCUGCUUUUUCAAUGAAUAACUUCAAACAAGAACAAUACCAAAGCAGUUUCAACCAGCAGCCAUAUCAAAGACAAGUGGUUACUGUGGGUAAACCAACAAACACGAUAGCAAGAGCUCCAAAUAGUCAAAGAAAAGGAAAUUAUGGAAAUCCUGCACAGAGCCAAAGCGUGAUACUGGGAGACAUAAGCAACAUGGGAGUGCGCGUCAUGCAAGAUGCAGAUGGGAUAGGUUUAUCUUCUGGAGAUGUCUACAAAUCAGAUCAGUCUGUGCCAGGAAAAUCAGGAUAUCAGAUUCCACCAGGCUUCCGAGGAAGAGUAGUGGGCGUAAAUGGAGACUACGCGCAAGCAUCUAACAACCAAGGUGGACAAGCACAGACGCAGACGGUUAUUCUGACUCCGGGGCCAGGAAAAUAUGAGUACAAGGGACCAGAAAAUAGGAAGUCAGCUGACGUAGAUUAUGACGAGUAUGGACCGGAGGAUGAUAGUGAUGAAGAACAGGACACACAUCCACCUAAUAGCAAUCAUCAAAACUAUGGCAGGGCAUUUCAAGCACCACCUGCUAGUUUUGUAUCUGUAACCCAAAAAGUGUCAAGUCAAGCACCAUAUUCACCCCCUAAAGAGUUUGAGCAUACAUAUUUUACAAAAGCCUCAAAAUGUGGGUACACAACAUAUUCUUGUCAAUUGAUCGAUGGCUCAAAUGGGAGAGCUAAAGUUUGCAAACCAAAAGUUACUAAAAAUGGAAAUUGUGAAUAGCCAAUAUCUAUAGGUCAGCGCUUUGUGUUUUAGGAAAAUUUGGCAGCUGGAUUGUUUCACACAAGAAAUGGUUAAGUAGCAUAUUCAUCAGAAAUAAACAUUUCAAGAUAUUUCUUAAUAUAA